CAGCGUGCACAGUCUCACAUAUGCAUCUGAAGUAGUCUUUUGACGCUUACUUAGACAACGUACACCACGCACAGGCAUUACUGUAGAAUCUCACGCGUCCCGGCUGCACAAAUUCAACGAAGACUCUUCAAGCACUAGGAGGCGCUGGGUAUUUACAGCGAACGAAAUCUGUGCAUAAUCAACUUGGAGCUAAGCCUAGGUAGCCUGCUACCAUGGAGGAGGACUUUGACAGAGAGAUUAAAGUUGUUGUGCUGGGCAAUGGUGGUGUUGGCAAGACAAGCAUGAUCCGGAGAUUUUGCAAGGGCGUCUUCACCGACGAGUACAAGAAGACCAUUGGUGUCGACUUUCUGGAAAAGGCUCAAUUCGUAGACGCGCUUCAGGAGGAGGUUCGGUUUAUGCUAUGGGAUACAGCCGGCCAGGAGGAGUUCGACGCCAUCACGCGCACCUACUACCGUGGUGCCGGUGCUGCUGUCAUUGCAUUCUCCACCACUGAUCUGGACUCCUUCAAAGCGGUUCCAGGGUGGAGGGACAAAAUUAAUGCGGAGUGUGGCGAUAUCGCCAUGUGCCUAGUGCAGAACAAGGUGGACCUGAUUGAUCGCGCAGUGGUUACAGCGGAGGAAGUGGAGGCUAUGGCGCGGCAGAUGGGCCUGAAGCUCUACCGCACCUGCGUCAAGGAGAACAUCAACGUCACAGAAGUGUUCGGGUACCUAGCGGAGCUGCACCACAAGAAGCUGCAGACGGG